UUCCAGGCUGAUUAUCAUCAUUCAACCUGAGCCUUUGGAAUCAAUCACAAUCAUAAUUGUUGAUUUCUCUUAAUAAUAUUUUCUUAUUCUCUUUUUUCCCUAUUGAUUAAGCCCUUCCACGAACAAUUAAAUUUAAUUCAGUGUAACAGUGACUCUCGAUUUCGAUCUCUUUCUCUCUCUCUCUAUGUGUAUGUCUCCAUGUAUCUUCACCAGUAAUUCAUUUUGAUUUAUUAAUCAAGUUCAAGUUCGUUGGAUAAUCAUUGAUAAUCUUUCGGUACAAUUACCGCUGCCAUCAAAUGAGUAGACGAAAACCUAUUGACCCAGGUCAUGUUAACCUGGGCGUCGAUAUGGAUCCACAUGGUGAAAGUGAUAACGGUAAAUGUCAAACCAAUUCGAUGCCUCCAAGUCCUCGAUUGAAUAUAAAUCGAGUCGCUUAUUCAGUUCGUGAUUUUCAUGAGGAGUUUGAAGUCGUCGAACCGGCAAAAAAGACCUUACAAUAUAAAGUAUCUCGACAUUUCCUUGGUGCUUUUACUUGUUCAACCAGCGAGUUUAUCGAAAGUGCUUUUCCAAUAGUUAAUUGGAUACGAAAUUACAAUUUAAAACAAUCACUUCUCGCUGAUAUAAUUGCUGGAGUCACUGUUGCAAUAUUUCAAGCCCCUCAAAGUAUGGGUUAUAGUUUAAUUGCUCAUGUACCUCCAGUCCAUGGGCUCUACACUGCCUUGUUCCCAAUGGUUAUGUAUACAAUUUUUGGAACCUCAAGACAUUCAUCAAUCGGUGCAUUUGCAAUUGUUUCCGGAGUGAUGACGGGAAAUGUGAUUGUCCAAGUGAUGGAGAGCCAUGGGGUCAGUUUAGCGCAAAUUGAAGCGGGUACUUCGAGUAAACCAUUGGUAACGGAAGCGACAAUCGAAACGACGACAAUGAUGGCGACAACCGAGUUUACAUCAUCAUCAUCGAUAGCGAAUAAUUUUGUCAAUAGUCAAACCGGUACUCAGACUGUUGACUUUAAAACUUACGAAAUCGCUGCAGCGAUCAGCUUUAUCAUGGGUAUCAUCAUGCCGUUAGCGUCAUUCCUGCGACUUGGCUUCAUAUCGAUCUACCUAUCAGACCAAUUUUUAUCGGGCUUUACAACCGCUGCCGCACUUUACAUCUUUACAUCUCAAUUACGAUAUUUAACCGGCGUCCAUCUUCCCUAUCGAAGUGGCUACUUGGCCAUAGUUUACACGGUCUAUGAUCUAAUCAUUGAAUGGAAACAUAUCAACAUCUCCUGCUUAAUUAUCUCGGCAGUGGCCAUGGCGAUUCUACUUUUCUCAAAAAUCUAUGUCAACAAAUGGCUCUUUCGACUUGGUAUUCAAAUACCUUUUCCAAUUGAACUUUUGGUCGUAAUUGGAGCGACCGUUAUUUCAUCAAUCUUCAAUUUCCAUGGAAAUUAUAACGUUCCAAUUGUGGGUCAUAUUCAAGCAGGUUUACCUCCACCACAAGUGCCAAGGUUAAUGAUGCUUAAAAUGGUUGCCUUGAGAUCGAUUACAAUGGCACUUGUUGCAUUCACAAUCUCUUUGUCUAUUGGUAAAAUAUACGCCAGGAAACACGGUUAUCAGGUCGUCCCCAACCAGGAAUUGUUUGCUAUUGGUGCUGCUAAUUUAUUCGGCUCAUUAUUCUCGUGUUUACCUGCCGCUGCAUCGCUACCACGAAGUGCGACUCAAGAAGCUGCCGGAGGCAAAACUCAGCUGGUCAGUGCGAUCAAUUGUGUUCUCAUCCUUUUGGUUCUCAUGUAUCUAAGUCCACUUCUUGACCAACUACCUAAUUGUAUUUUGGCCUCAAUCAUUGCCGUUGCUUUAAGAGGGCUACUUGCUGAAUCGAGACAGUUUCACAUGUAUUGGAAAAUAUCAAAACUAGAUGGCGCUGUUUGGAUGAUGACAUUUCUCUCAGUCAUCAUUUUGGAUGUCGAUUAUGGACUUUACUUUAGUUUGGCCUGUUCGCUUCUUAUUUUGAUCUACAAAUCGUCAAGACCCAAAACUUAUUUACUUGGACCAAUCAACGAAACCGAUGUUUACGUACCUGUGAAAAAGUAUGUUGCCGCGAAUGACAUUCAUGGUAUUAAAAUCUAUCAAUUCUGUGGACCUUUGCACUUUGCGAGUCUCGAGUUUUUCCGUACUGACAUGAUGAAAAAGAUCGGGGUCAAUCUAAGUGAACUUUUUGAACUUCGAAAGCACAAAUUUCCGGAUACUCGUCGGCGAUCAAAAAAGGACAUUCGAUCACUCGACAGUCAAAUCGAGCUGAUGACCAAUCCAAACUGGGCUCAAGUGGUCAACCAAUGUCGAAUUGUUAUCGUGGACUGUUCAAUGCUUUCCUACAUUGACUCAAACGGUGUAACUGGACUUAAAUUAACGGCCCAAGAGUUUGGUCAAGUUGGAAUUAGAUUUUUCCUGGCCGGUUGUGCACCUCACGUUAUCCAAAUGCUAUCGAAAGAUCAUUUCUUCCAGGAAGUUGGACAAAACAACGUAUUCAUAUCGGUUCACGAUGCAGUUCUAGUGGCCAACAAUUACCUUGACACCAAUGGUUCAGAAUCUAAAAUACAAAACACCCCAAUAGUAAUCGAGCCCCUUUCAACCAACGAUAAACGUCCCACCGGAGGUACUAAGGUACCAACCGAAGGUCGUAAAAUUUUUUAACCCAAAACUAACGAAACCCAAAUAUCGGGUCAACAUUUUACCAGAAAAUAACUUUCAUAUAUUACUAAAAGUUAACAUAUUACCUGAACAAUAUAUUGAUAAUCUAAAUCAAAUUUACUCUCUUAAUCCAAUUGUUUACCAAUUCAUUUUCAUAUACAAUUGUAUAACCAAAGGUUAACCUCAUGGUAAAUGUUAAUUUAUUAAAUAUCCAGUUAAUUGUUUAAAAUCAUCUCAGCAUUUUCCUCUACACAAAUUCACUGAUUCUUUCAAUUGGAUCACAAUUAGUUUAUCUUAACUUGGAAAAGUACAUGAUAAAAGUAAAUUAUUAUUAUUCAUCUAAUUUGAUUUACUUCUCAACAAUUUAAAUCUGAACAAUUGUGAAAAUCUAUGAGACUACAAAGGUAAAUUGUUACCAAUAUGCUGACGGCAAUUUAGUUGAUUGUAUUAAGAUGCUCAGAAAUCAGUAACUACCCUGUGGGUUUAAAUGCUAAGUGGGUGAGGAGGAUAAAGUAAACAUGAUUUAAUAAUGGAGAUGAUUAAGGUUAACAAUUGAAAUCGUGUCUUAUUUAAGAUUGAGAAAAGUGAUUAUAAUGAUCAAGUUUAAAUACUUUAAAAAGAUGAUGGAGAUUAACGUUUCCAUCAUUGGAUUAAACAAUCAAAUAAUCUGAUUGUGAUCAAUAAUCUCACCAUAUUGAUUUAAUCUCGAGAAAUUGACUUGUUCAACUUAAUCAUUUUGAUCUUGAAAAGUAAUUAACUUAAGUUGAUCAUUUAAUGAGUGAACAAAAAAAUCAAUCUCAUUGAAAAAAAAAUCUUUGACAAAAUCUAAUAGACUCUUGAAGAUUUAAUUGUUUCCCUGGAAAUUUAAAAUUGAUUGUUGAUCAUUUAUCUUGCGAUUUAAAAGAUUAACCCUGAAAAAUGAACAUUUAUAUCAAAUUGUAAAUUAAAUCACAAAGAAUCAACAAUUCUAGCCAAUAAUAAUAUCCUAAUCUCCUUGAUUGAUUUAAUCUCAUCAUUGAUUAUAAACAAUCAACCUUACUAGUAGAUUUGGGGUAAAUUCAACAAAUGAUAAUGAAAAUAAUAUCUGAAAUUUGAUGUGAUUAAAUUAAGUGAAAAAUUUGAUAGCAGUGACGGAAUCGAAUGAAUCUUUGAUUAAUCGCAAUUUAAGUCCCAAAAUUAAAGGUAAAUUCGUUGUAUAAUAAACUACAUGUAAAGCUCCGAGCAAAAGUGUUGGGAAAAAUUACCAAAACACAUUAUAAACUGUACUAAAUCAACAUGAUUAGGUUAAGAAUUAAAAAAUCAGAAAUCGAAAGCACAUGAAUUUUUGUAUCUGAAAAUCAAGUUUUAUAUUAAUAGUUGUCUCAAGUAAAGUGAUAUGGUUUGGUUUCGGAGUUUUUAAGCAAACUAAUUAUCCGAUUUGUUUAAUAGAUUAAUGUAAGGGAGGUAAAAAUACUGAAUUCGAGUCUCCGCCUUGAGUGUCGUUUUUGCUUAUAACCGAAAUGUUUAGAUGGUUGAAAGUAUCAGUUCGUGUUAACAGUCAACCAACAAACAACAAUCAAAUCAAUUGUUUAUUUGUGAAUCAACAAACAAUCAACAACUAAUAAUCAAAAUGAAAGUUUUCGCUAUUGUCGCUCUUUUCGUUAUCCUCGCUGUUUCCGCUGCCAUGGCUUACGAGAAGGACAAUCACUGGGGUGGUCAUCACCAACACGGAAAAGUUGGAUACAAAGUUGAUGUCCACCAUGGUGGUUGGGGAAAACACGACAAGGGAUGGACUGAACUUUACGAUUCCCGAGACAAAACCACUGGAUGGAAAUCACAUGGUCAUGAUAACGGUUACGGUUCUGGUCAUGGUCAUGGUCAUAAUAACGGGUGGAAAAACUAAGAAGUUUUAACUCAAUCUGAUUAAUUUAUUCUGUUCAUUCACUUUAUUUAUAUUCUAUGAUAAAUUAAAACUGUAAAUUGAAGAAAUAUCAACUUGAUUUUUACGAAUAAAUUGCUUUUCAAUGAA